AUGCCAAAAAUAGCUAUCGUCCAAGCUGGAACAGUCCUUUAUGACAAGGUGGCAACCCUUGAAAAAGUCAAGAAAUAUGUCGUAGAGGCAUCUGAAAACGGAGCGGAACUUGUCCUUUUCCCAGAAGCUUUCAUUGGUGGAUACCCGAAAUGGAAUAAUUUUGGAAUCACAAUGGGAACGAGGACGCCGGAAGGGAGGAAGGAAUUCAAAAGAUACUUUGAAAACGCCAUUGAAGAGCACGGUGAGGAAUCCAAGUCGAUUGAAUCUCUUGCCUCACAGAAAAACAUCCAUAUCGUGAUAGGAGUAGUCGAACGAGAGGCGUCUACUCUCUACUGUUCUGUACUCUUCUACUCACCUGAUGGUUAUCUCGGAAAACACAGAAAACUGCUGCCAACUGCUCUGGAAAGAUGUGUAUGGGGACAGGGCGAUGGGUCGACUAUGCCAGUUUUCAAUACAAGUGUUGGAAAGAUUGGAAGUGCGAUUUGUUGGGAGAAUUACAUGCCAUUGUAUAGAAUGACACUGUAUAAUAAAGAAGUUCAAAUCUACUUGGCUCCAACUGUUGAUGAUAGAGAUGUCUGGUUAUCCACAAUGAGAACAAUUGCAUUGGAAGGAAGGUGCUUCGUUGUGUCUGCCUGUCAAUAUCUCAAAAGCUCCGCCUACCCAUCCGAUCACCUCCUCCGUAAAGAACAUGGAGAUGACACUGUCUUGAUCCGUGGUGGAUCUUGUGCAGUGGACCCUCUUGGAACAGUCCUUGUUGAACCUGAUUUCACUCAAGAAACUAUUCGAUACACAGAAUUCGAUCUCUCAGACAUUGCACUUGGAAAAAUGGAUUUGGAUGUAGUUGGCCACUACAGUAGACCAGACGUCUUCCAGUUGACAGUCAACGAGAAUCAGAUGAGUACAGUAACCCAUAAGGAAUGA